CAGGGGCGGGGUCUGGGGAGACAGAGGAAAGGGGAGACGGAGCAGGGUCCCCACAAUAGUCUCAAGGGAAGGGAGGGGUUAAUCUCCUGGAUAUUUGGGGGCAGGGAGGGACACAGGGUAAGGAAUAGAGCCCCCCCCCAGGCUAGAGAAUAGGAAAACUAAGGCUCCCCAACCAGCAGGACAGGGGGUGAGACAGGAGAAGGGACCCCCAUAGGCAGAAAGGAAGGUCCCCCCAGUCUGUGGUUGGAGAGGAAAAGAAAGGGAGGCCCCCCCGAGAUUGGGAAGAGGUAAGUGAUCCCCCCCCCCAGACUGGACAGAAGAGAAGGGUCCCCCAGACUGGGCAGAGGGUAAGAAGAAGUGGGGUCCCCCCAGACUGGGCAGAGGGUAAGAAGAAGUGGGGUCCCCCCAGACUGGGCAGAGGGUAAGAAGAAGUGGGGUCCCCCCAGACUGGGCAGAGGGUAAGAAGAAGUGGGGUCCCCCAGACUGGGCAGAGGGAAGUUGAGGCAACAGAAGGAAGUGCAGACUCCCCAGAGGAUUAGGGGGAGCAAAGAGAGAAGAAGGGGUGAGAGAAAUAGACGAGAAGACUCUGCAGUGAUAAAAGCAAAGUGUCUGGGACAGAGAAGUAAUAGUGGGGUGUCUGAUAUAAGGGGGUACAAAGGAGAGAGGGAAGGACAUUGGGGUGCCUUGAGUUGGAGGAGAUGACCUGCUGUUUAGUACUGAGGACUGAGGAGACUUCCCGGGAUUUGCUCCUCGUGUAGGUGAAGGGGGGGGGCCUCAGACACGCAGGGGUUAAUUGAUUAGGAGCUGUGGGUCCAGCAAUAGGGGAGAAGGUGCUCAGAGAUACACAGGGAAUUCUGGGAUAGGACUGAGUGGGAUUUGGGAAUACGGAGCUGACAGUUUAGUGACAGGGAAUGAACUGAACAGACACAGAGGGGGAACCUCCUGCAGCCUCUCAGCUCCCCGACCCCCGAAGAGGAAGCUGAUUGUGUCACCCCGAAAUGAUUCCCAACUGCCUGACUCUCUGAUCUGCAUCAGCCGCUCGGGACCCGGGAGGAUGAGAAAACUCCGGAGAUUUGUGCACUUGGUGCUGUUCUGCCCCAUUUCAAAAGGAUUCCAGACUCGACUUCCCGGCAUCAAGGUGAAGUACCUGUUCCUGGCCUGGCUGGGUGUAUUCGUGGGCAGCUGGGCGGUGUAUAUCCAUUAUUCCUCCUACUCGGAGCUCUGCAGGGGCCACGUUUGCCGCAUGAUCAUUUGUGACCAGUACAAGAAAGGGAUCAUCUCUGGCUCGGCUUGUAAGGACUUGUGUGACCAACACUCCUUGGUGUUCCAGCAAUGCUUGUCCUCGUCUCCCACCCACCAGAUCUACAGCGGCAAAUGGGGGGACGGGGAGGUGAUUAUUAAAUGCGGCGUGGAGGAGAAUGUGAAAGUGGACAGCAACCCCGACAGCCCCCCGCGCAGGGAACUGGUUCUGUUUGACAAGCCCACCAGAGGGACCUCCAUGGAUGAAUUUAAGGAGAUGCUGGGGAAUUUUUUAAAAGUCAACUUAGGAGACCAGGCAUCCCUUACUUCCUUGGUGAGUCGGAUUUUGACCAUGGCCGAUGUAAACAAUGACGACAAGGUGUCGCUUGCCGAAGCCAAAUCCAUAUGGGCCCUGCUCCACCAGAACGAGUUUCUGCUGAUGCUCUCCCUACGUGAGAAGGAGCACACCUCUCAGCUUGUUGGCCACUGUGGUGACCUGUACGUGACGGAGAAAAUCCCUCACGAUUCCCUCUAUGGCACUCAGAUCCCCGGGUUCCUCCAGACUUUGCUACCUUCCCCCGUGCAUCGGCUCAUCCACCAGUGGUGUGCCCCUGCUUGGCCGAGAAGGGCCAAAAUCGCCAUCGGGUUGUUGGAGUUUGUCGAGGAGAUAUUCCACGGAACCUACGGGAGUUUCUUUAUCUGCGACGCCAGCUUCAAGAACAUUGGCUACAAUGAAAAGUACGACUUCAAGGUGGUGGACCUGAGGAAGGUGGCCACGGAAAUGACAAUCAGAGGUUUCCUCAAGGGGCGUCACUGUGAGCAGAACUCAGACUGCACCUUCGGGAGGGACUGCACGGCAGCUUGUGACAAACUGAUGAAACAGUGCAAAAACGAUGUAAUCCAACCAAACCUGGCCAAAGCCUGCAUGCUGCUACAGGACUACUUACUCUAUGGUUCCCCAUCUGACCUAAGGGACGAGCUUCAGAAGCAGCUUCGGACUUGCAUGACACUGAGCGGCUUGGCCAGCCAAAUGGAAGUCCACCAUUCCCUUAUCUUGAACAAUAUCAAGACUUUGCUCUGGAAGAAGAUAUCCAACACCAAAUAUUCUUGACUGAGCAUUCCCCUGAAGCCUACAAAGUCAUGGGAACCGUAGGUGUCUUAAAUGGGAUGAGCCAACAUCUACUUCUACCUUGAGGAACCUGCAAAUGUGGCCACGUUUGACCUGUUUGCACUUUCACUUGGUAUUGCAGGCUAAACCUUUGUUAGGUCUUGAGUUACGGGCCAAACCAUCAUUAGGUCUGGAGUUACUGGACAAACCAUUGUUAGGUCUGGAGUUGUGGGCCAAAACAUCAUUAGGUCUAGAGUUGCGGGCCAAACCAUCAUUGGGUCUGGAGUUGCGGAGCAAACCAUUUUAAGUCUGGAGCUGUGGGCCAAACCAUCAUUAGGUCUGGAGUUGCGGGGCAAAUCAUUGUAAGUCUGAAUUUGCGUGCCACACCAUUGUUUGGUUUGGAUUUGCAGGCCAUACCAUUGUUAUAUCCAUCAUCUAAAAUGCUGUAAUCCUCCUGUAAAAUAAAUUGCUUUUAUGUGAA